UAUAAAUAGUUAGUAUAUUAGUCGAUGUAAGGCUCGUAAUGCCGUUGCUUGUUUCUAAAUCGUCAGUUGGUAUUCUGUAUAUACUAAUUAUUUUUAUUUAGUGAUAUACAAUAAUUACUGAAAGCUUUUUUAAUUUAUUAUAUAUGUAACAGUGAAGUGUCAGUCGUUUAGUAAUUAAGUUAUUUUUCAAGUAGUAGUGAUAAUGUUGCGGUUUUUAUUAGAUAAAUUUUGGAAUGAAGAUGUUUGGCUGCCGCCAAAUACUUCUUGGGAAGAUAUUACUCCAGGGCCCGAUAAGGUUGUGGUUUAUAAUGACCACAGGCAUCUUCUGUACCCUAUACCUUUAGCUUUUGUGCUUAUCGCACUGCGGCACCUCAUAGAAAACUAUUGGUUUGCACCAUUUGGCAAAUCAUUAGGUAUUAAGAACACAAGAUCAAAAAAGGCUCCAAUUAUCCCUAAACUAGAAGCAGCAUAUCAGGAAUGUUCUAAAAUUAAACAUAAGCAGCAGUUUUUCAGCAGGGAACAGAUAUGUGCACUAGCGAAGCAGCUAGAUAUGACAGAGCGUCAGGUGGAGAGGUGGUGGCGUCUGCGAAGAAGUCAGGACAAACCAUCGACACUCGUCAAGUUUUGCGAAAAUGCGUGGAGGUGUACCUUCUACCUCUACAACUUUUCUUAUGGGGUCUUUAUCCUCUGGGAUAAGGAAUGGUUGUGGGAUAUAGAUCAGUGUUAUAUUGGAUAUCCACAUCAGGGUGUGACAAGCGAUAUCUGGUGGUACUAUAUGAUAUCGUCAGCGUUCUAUUGGUCGCUGACGUUCUCCCAGUUCUGGGACGUGCGUCGGAAAGAUUUCUGGCAGAUGUUUGUGCAUCACUUGGCCACUAUCGCUCUGCUCUCCUUCUCCUGGGUCUGCAACCUUCACCGUAUUGGCACGCUGGUCCUGCUAUUGCACGACUGUGCUGAUAUAUUUUUAGAGGCAGCUAAAGCAGCUAAAUAUGCAAACUAUCAAAAGUUUUGCGACGUCAUAUUUACGAUCUUCACCGUCCUCUGGAUUGUCACCAGGCUUGGUAUCUAUCCGUUCUACAUUAUUUGGAGUACAUCAAUCCGCGCUCCCAUGCUUCUACCGAUGUUUGCAGCGUACUAUAUCUUCAACUCUCUACUAUGCCUGUUGCUUUGUCUACAUAUGGUAUGGACUUGGCUGAUUCUGCAAGUUGCCUACAAAGCUAUCAAUGCUGGCAAGAUGGAAGGUGAUAUUCGCAGUUCCAGUUCAGACAUUAGCGAUAGUUCACAUCAAUCCAACCACAGCACGCCGAAUAGGGUGAAUAAUAAGAAAGACAAGUAAACUACAGGAUGUGCACAAAUACUUGUAACGAAUCUGUUGUUAUUGUUGUAUUACUUAUUUUAGGAUAUGGAUACAUUUUUUGCUUACUAACUUAUUGAAGAGGCUGCAAAUUUUUCUUUUGGUUAAGAUUAUAUUGUUUUUUAUGUAUAAGCUUAAUUUUUGCCGAACAAAUCGAGAUUAAUUAAUAAUUGCCAAAUAUUAUAUCAUAAGCAGCAUUUAUAUCUGGGACCAGAUACAAGUGAUACUUCUUUUUUAAGCGUAUUGGCAUUGCUUAAAUGGCAAUAUUUUAAGUGUUACAAAGAGUGAUUUCAAUUAUUCAUGGGCAUGCCUCAAAGGUUGAAAUGAUGAAAGAAACCAAAGAAACAGGCUAUGUAUAAAUGAUAAAAAGCAAAUUUAUGUAUUACUUAUUAUUUACGUUGUAAUAGUUUAAGGUGACUUAAAUUUAUUCAUUUGCUUUUU